UGUACGCCUGAGCUUGUUUCGAACGGAUAAGACGCUCCCAUGCCGCCAAGUCAGCCAGUCAAGCUCUCUUUGCCUCUGAAAUACCAGCAGGACCUGUUCACGGAGCUCCGCGCGGAGGAUGAACUGGUUAUCCUGGCCCGCGGCCUUGGGCUGCUGCGGCUUGUGACGAAUCUGCUGCACUCUUAUGAUGCAGCUGGAAACAACUUGGUCCUUGUUGUGGGGGCGGAGGAUAGAGAGAAUGAAUGGAUUGGCGAAGCGUUGGCGGAGCACUAUGCGAUCAGCAAGACACCCCUCGCUAGGGGGUUAAAAGUCAUUAAUACUGAUAGGGCUACUGUCCCAAUGAGGGAGAAGCUGUACUCCGAGGGAGGCAUCUUAAGUGUAACUUCUAGGAUCCUGGUUGUGGACCUGCUCUCCAAACUGCUUGAUCCUGAAAAGGUCACGGGUAUGAUCGUGCUUCAUGCGGAGAAGAUUCAAGCAACAGCCUUGGAAGCUUUCAUUAUUCGGAUCUAUCGCCAGUUCAACAAAGUAGGAUUUCUCAAAGCAUUUUCGGACUCUCCGGAGCCUUUCACCACAGGCUUCGCGCCUUUGUCGAAUAUGUUGCGUAACAUGUUUUUGCGCAAACCUUCCCUGUGGCCCCGAUUCCAUGUCACGGUAGCAGAGUCACUGGAGGGACGUAAGAAGGCUGAAGUGAUCGAGUUGGAGGUCCCAAUGACCGAUAAAAUGAGGGAGAUCCAAAAUGCUAUCCUCGAAUGCGUCGAGAUUAGUAUUAGUGAGCUCAAGAAGGCCAACUCGGGUCUUGAUGUGGAAGAUUGGACGCUGGACAGUGCUUUACACAAGAACUUUGAUAUUUCAAUCAGACGGCAACUUGAUCCGAUAUGGCACCGUGUCAGCUUUAGGACAAGGCAGAUUGCCAGUGACCUGACCGUAUUGAGGGCUAUCUUACAUUCACUGCUAACUUAUGACGCCGUAUCCUUUGUGAAGUACCUGGAUACCAUCGUGGCAGCACACUCCCCUCCUCCCGGAUCAACAAAGCAUAACUACUCACCAUGGCUCUUCCUCGAUGCCGCCCACGUGCUUUUUCAGACUGCAAAGUCAAGAGCAUAUACGGGAAAGCUGAGUAGUGGCGAGCUGGCUUCUUCAUCUAUAUCAUUUUCUGCUGGUCUUCAGCCGGUUCUCGAAGAGCAACCUAAAUGGUCCGUUCUCGCAGAUGUGUUGGAGGAGAUUGAGCGGGAUGCAUAUUUGAAUCCAAGUAUCAGGGAUGACUCUAAUCAAACUGUACUCAUAAUGUGCAGCGACCAGAGAACAUGUUCGCAACUGCGAGAAUACCUCUCUACGAUGCAUGUCAAAGUUGAUACAGAACCUGAAGCUGUUGUCGAGGAUGCGGAAGAGACCAGACCAUCUGGGGAGCUGUUGCUGCGAAGAAAAUUACGCGACUAUUUGAACUGGAAGCGCUACUUUUCUCGCGUCAAUGCGAAUCUAUAUGGCCCAAAAUCUAACCCCAACGACACAUCAGCUGCGAGAUCUGCUAACGGUGCGCCACUGAAUCCACGAGCUCCUCCAAACAAGAGAAGGCGUGUCCGAGGCGGAGGGACUGCGUCAAGUACCCUUGCACGGCCUCCAAGCAGCACUGUGCAAGCAGAUACCGAAGAACCUAACCAAGUAUCAGGCUUGUUGGAGCAGCUACAGCCCACGGGAUCAGAAGAAACUGUGAAAGAGGAAAUCAUCGUCGACGAUUUGGAGAACACGGAGGACUUUUAUGAGUUAUACGAUAUGGACGACUUGAUAAUGAUCCAUCCUUACGAUGGCGAUAUGGAUGAGCAUAUCUUGGAGGAAGCUCGGCCACGAUACAUUAUCAUGUAUGAACCUGAUGCCUCGUUCAUUAGAAGAGUCGAGGUAUAUCGGAGCUCCCACACGGACAGAAAUGUCAGGGUCUACUUCAUGUAUUACGGCGGAUCCGUCGAGGAGCAACGGUACCUCAGCGCUGUCAGAAGGGAGAAGGAUGCCUUCACGAAGCUCAUCAAGGAGAAAGGAAGCAUGGCCGUCACCAUCACACAUGAUAAAAGCCUCGAAGAUCCUCAGGAACAAUUUCUCCGAACGGUCAACACCCGUAUCGCGGGCGGCGGCAGACUGGCUGCAACAGCAGCCCCUCCCACCGUGGUCGUCGAUGUCCGCGAAUUCCGCAGCGCUCUCCCAUCUCUACUCCACGGCAGGAGCAUGGUCGUAGUACCCUGCCAGCUAACAGUCGGCGACUACAUCCUCACCCCAGACAUCUGCGUUGAGCGUAAAUCCGUCCGCGAUCUAAUCAGCUCUUUGAAAAACGGCCGUCUUUACAACCAAGCCGAGACAAUGCUCCAACAUUACAAGAACCCCAUCCUCCUAAUCGAAUUCGACCAGAACAAAUCCUUCACCUUCGACGCCUUCACCUCCGCAUCUACCCCUGGCACAAGCUUCUUCUCCGACUACGUCUUCUCCUCUUCCGGAACCCCCUCUCUCUCCGUGAGCAGCUCCCUCGUCAACCCAACCAACCCCCGAUCCGCCCAACACAUGCUCGUCCUCCUCACCCUCGCAUUUCCCCGUCUCAAAGUAAUCUGGUCCUCUUCCCCAUACCAAACAGCCGAGAUCUUCGCCGAGCUUAAGAAAAAUAGCCCUGAACCAGACCCCAUUCGCGCCGUGCAGAUCGGUCUGGAUAUGGAUAUCGUCGCCUCCUCAACGCCGGGAGACGUCAUGGCCGCGUCGGGUAUUGAGCAUAGGACCUUCAAUGCCCUUCCGCAGGAUAUGCUCCGAGCCGUGCCGGGCGUGACGCCCAAGGUGCUCGAGCGUUUGAUUUUGGAAACGGAGAGUAUUCAUCAGAUUGCGAAUAUGGAUGUGGAGGAUCUGGAUCCGUUGAUUGGGAAGGAAUCGGCGAGGAAGAUUGUUGGGUUUUUUAGGAAGAGUGUUUUUGAGGAUGAGGCUGAGGGUUGAACGCGUGUCUGUUUGGAUUGGAUUAUGCUUAAGGGUCGAGUGUUUUAUGGAUUCCGAUGCCAGAGCAAAAAGGGAUGUACUGCGCCAAAAUUUGGACAUAGCAUAGCUACGACAUUUGUUAUGUGUAGUUACUACGAGACGUCUUAAGACUACGCUUCAAAGACACAGAAGGAUCGUUGUGUGAUGAACUUCAUCGAAUUCUCCACUAGAACGGUACUAUCAAC